CCCUAAUGACAUAACAUGACGUAAGUGGUAAAAAAAGUAAACAAGAUCAUAAAAGUGGUGUUCGUUUGCAACUGCGGGAGCAUAGGUGGUGAUAAGAAGAGUACACAAGUGAAUUAAGUGUGUAUAAAUAACCACACGAAAUUUCCACUAUUUUAUAAAUAUAGAAAUUGUUUAAUCCUAGGCCUAUAUGCUAGAGGAAGAGGCUGUUUUGGAUGUUGACCACCUCCAUUCCAACGGCAGGAGGAGUAAUACUAAGAACAGGACAGGGUACAUAGGCCUAGCUAGGCCUAGGCUUUUCCAACUCUGUACUUCAGAAAUCAUUCAUUCAGACCUGGUGCCUUUGCAACAAAUCAAAAAACGGCUGGCCUAGCAAUGGAAUUAUGUAUUAUGUAGGCCUAUCAACUGUCUUCAUUAUAAACAGGUUGAGAGACAAACUAUGUAUGAAUAUGAUAAAUGUUUAAUAACAUACAAUGUGUGUGUUUGCAUAAAUUUUUUAACAAAGUCAUGAAAUUGUAAAAAAAAAAAUUACAGUAAUGUCACUGAAAAGAAUGAAUAGCCACGAAGAUUGGGAGGUUGUUAAAACAAACGCAUUUGAUGCAAACAGGCCCCGGGCUAAGCUGAAGUUCGAUGUCGCAUGGAAUGAACAUCACCACAAACUAGCAAUAACAUGUCGUCGUGAAAAAGUUCGGUUUGUUCAGAAGCGGUUUAAUACCUCAUUGAAGAAAACUCCACCCAGUCCCAAAAAUGGAAAUGAGAAAAAUGGACAACAUGAAAUUAAUGGAACAAGUUGGACGGGUUUAUUUAGCUUCCAAGAUGUGAGAUAUGCACAUGAACAAUUGUGCCUGCUCAGCCCCCGUAUAGGGGAAUACCCCCCAAGUCUACCGUACGAAACAAGGGGCGUCUGGAGUUUCUUCUUUCAGAAUGAAAUCAUACCAGAUGAAGUGGAAAAAUCUGUGCGAGUCUAUCUAGACAUUGCUGCAGAUGUCUGCGACCAACAAUUUCUCAUUGAUACGCUGUUUGAAGUUGAUGCAUGCAUAGAAAAAUACUUGGAGGAUAUGGGCGAACUGAAACAGAGAGAGUACGAAAACGACGUUCAACGAAUACAAGACGAGUAUGAACACUUAAAAAAGAAAAAAUCAGAGGAAGCCAACAACAUGAUGAAGAUGAAGGAAUUUUACGAAAAAGAGGAUGAUGUUGUUUUUAAAUUAUACCAAAGUUUAGCAGAGUUAUAUAAUUUGAAAAUUCAGCCAUUCCUAGAUUUGCGUGAAUUAGCGUAUAGUAAGCAAUUUGAAAUUAAGGAAAGCCUUCAGGAUGAAUAUCGUAGUGCGGAGAAACGAAAGAAACUGGGAGAAGAGUAUGAUUCAUGGCUGGAACAAUUCCAAACUGCGAUUGAGACCAUACAUGAUUUGCAAGUGCAGUAUUUCACAAAAUGUGUUGAUAUAAGUAAAGGAAGAGUACAGGACAUGAUAGAAGACCAACCAAACUUUGGCAGAAAUACUUGGGAGUUGUAUGGGCAGCCUCGGCUGCAUGAUUUGAAGCAGACUUUGUCACAAGAGAGGAAACAACAGCUAGAGGCCAAGAAACAGAAGUACAGAUACUCACAGGAAAAAAUACAGCAAGAGAUUGCAAUGGUUAAGGAGGGAGCUGGAAUGAGGCGGCAAGUAGAGGAGUUAGAGGAUAAACAUCAUCAACUACAGUUGAAGGUGUUUGAUACAGAACUUGCAAUUUUACAAGAACAAGAAAAUGAGCUCAAAUUUGAGGAAGCAGCCAUAAAGAAGGACAUAGAAGAAGAGAAAGAGAUGGAGGAAAAUGAAUUCCAUGAUGCAUAUGAGAGUUUAAUUGGACUUGAUGAGGAUGAUGAAAACGAAAAACCAACAAGUACGAUGACUCCAAAACUUAGAAAAGUAGCAGCCAAAAUGAGUCGUAUCAGAAAAAAGAAAGCAAAUAUUAGAAACAAUAAGCAAAUUUUUAUUAGCACUUUUGAAAACAAGUUGAAGGAGAAGGUAGUUCAAGAACAGAAAGAGGAAGACCAUAGGAAAAUUACUGUGAAAAUGGAGAAAAGAGAAGUUGAAACUAAAGAGAAGAAAGAUUUCAUUGAUGCAGAAAGGCAGAAGACCUUACAACGUCUUAAAGAAUACAAAUUAAAAAUGAAAUAUCCAUCUCCAAGACUCAUAAAAGCACGUAACAAAGGUACAAAGAAGCAAGUAGAUGAUGGCCAAGGAGACCAAAAUGAUCCUGUAUCAGGUCCACCAUCUGGACUCCCUCCACCACCUCCUGUGGAAUCGAUGCCGCAUAAAGCAGGACCAGGACCUCCGCCAGGUUUACCACCACCACCUCCUCCUCCAGGCUUACCACCACCACCUCCACCUCCCCCUGUACCAGGUUUACCCCCACCACCACCACCAGGGCUAGGUUCUCAAUCAAAAUUAGCCAACAGUAGGCCAACUAAAACAGUAAGCAAAAAACCAGAGGAAACUCCUGCUAGUGGGUUGCCGUUUGAUGCAAAAAACAUUGUUGCAGCUAGAGAACGACUCGGGAAAGCCAACUUACGGAAACUGCCAGAUAAGCCAUUGAAGCAAGAAGGCAAACCUGUCGAUGUUGUAAGUGAAAUGACAGAGCUUUUCAGGAAUGGUUUCAAACUUCGUAAACACGAAGACAAUGACGAAGAUGUGACUUCAUUGACCCAUGACUCAGCAGACUUCCUCAGGGAUAGAUUAGGCAAGAUACAUGAGAACAUGAAUCCACAAGAUGGUGAAUCAAAUGAUGAAUUUGAGGAGUCUACAGAAUGGUGAAUGCGAGGAUGCACAUUACAAGAAUUUUCACUGAUGAAACACCAACAAUUAUCUUUAAUAAAAAAAAUUAAUUCUCCCAAUGGGAUUUUAAACCAAGAUGUGGGGCGGAUUGCUAUACACGAUCUAUAGACAAGUCAAAUCAGAAAAGGGCGCUCUUUAUUUGUGCCGCCAUUACUGGGGGUCCCAAGUUUAUGUCAGGUUCAUGUAUGUUGGUGCAGAGUACAGUAGUAGUAUUCAGGGACACUUUUCCAUGAAAUGGGGGAAAUAUGUCUAUACACUAUAGCCAACCCCUAUUAAGGUGGCACUCGCAUUAAAGGGAUGGGGACACUUUUUUCAGUUUUUCUUAUGUACUUUCAUAUAGUUUCAUAUAGGAUUCAAAUCCAUAUCGUAACCCUGAUUUUCAAGUCAUUACACUUUUAUAUUCAUUCUGCUGUAUCUGUCAUAGCACUGGAACCUAAACCAUAUAAAACUUUUGUUGUUUUAAUUACGUUUAUUUUGAUUUCAUCCUACAUGUAGGAUUUUUUUUUCUGCAUACUUUUAUAAUUACAGUACAAGAUUUUGACUUUUAAACAUGGGAUUUUUUUUUUAAUUGUGUACACUACUUUUAGGAUUUUAAAUCCAUACCCUGGAUUUUGCUGUAUCUGUCAUUUAUUAGCACACCAAUGUACAACUUUGUAGUUUUAAUUACAUUUAUUCUGAUAGCAUCAUA